UUAUGGCUUUACGCCGUUAUGGCUGCGCCUACUCGGGCUGUAUCUGUUGACAAAGAAGAAAUAGCAUUGAGAGGGUGGGCCGUCAAAUCCAAGGCAAGACGACAUUUGCGAACUGACAUAAAACAUCCUCUCCUUUUGGGUCUUUUGAUCUCUUUCUUAUCCCCCUUACUUAUUUUUUUAAUUUGUAUUUUAGUUUAUAUUUAACUAAUGUCGGAAGAAGCUACUUUUGUACAUCCUGGAUCAAUUCCAAAUCUUAUAACAAACACCAGUAGAAAUGCAGAGAAACAACCAAUUAAAAUAUCUUCGGAAUUUAUUUCUCCAUCUUAAAGAGCAGAUGCCCCACUUGCUGCGAUAAUACCGCCAGAGUUGGAUGAUAUUGAUCCAAUUCAUUAUUCCCUGAUUUCGAUCAAAGCGGGAUUUUGCAUUUUUCGAGGCUUUUUGCAAAUGCCAAAGCUUCACUUAAAAAACAAAUUUUGUGGACUUCUAGAACAUUUAAAAAGAAGGGAGAAAAAACAACAAAUUAUCAGCUGAACAUGAAAUGGUUGGGACUUUAAAUUAAGCCGUUUACCUAAAAAGAAGGAUUGUCUAAUUGAUGAAUAUGAAUUACUUUGUGCAGAAAAUUUGGAAGAAUUAUUAAACAAAAAUAAGCAAUCACAACAAAUAAAUGAGGAAGAUGAAGAAUCUGCUCCGCCUUGGAGAUUUGGACCUGCUCAAAUUUGGUAUGACCGGCUAGGGGUUCCUUCGAAUCCAACAAAUUUUGAUUAUGGAAUCAAAAGGGAAGAUAUUUACUCCAAUUGGUGAGCCGAAAUCUUCAGUUAUAUUAGAAUUUGGAUUCUACAUCAAGGACGAAUUGCGUAUGAUGAGGGUGAAUUCUACUUUUCAAUUCAACACGCUGAUGAGGAUGCUUCGACUUCAGGAACAAGAUUUGCGUGAUCAGGGACGAGAUGUACGUGAACUUCUAGACCGAAUGGGACUUCUUGAAUACCGUGUGGGACGAAUUGAGGCUCAUCUUGGAAUUGGAGAUGUUGCCAAUGCAAUUAUUGUUGCCGGUGGAGUUCCAGACAAUGCUGCUGGUGGAAAAAAGAAUGCUGAUGGUAGAAAUAUUUUUAUCUUUUAUAAUUUUAUUUUAGACAACAAUGUUGAAACCAUUCUUCAAUUAUGUGAUAAAUACGAUCUGCAAGUGGUCUCUUAUAGAAGAUAG